AAAAGAGACUGGCCUAUAAGCUGCUCUUUUCAACACACCAAGUGAAGCUUGCCCUGCUGUGAGUUCUCCACAAAUACAAGUUUGGUGAUGUAAUAUAAUAAAUGUCUACAAGUUCUACGUAUCCUAGCAACAUAAUAAAUAAUUGGUGAUCCAAACAGUGCAUCUUAAAUGAUAUCUAACAUUUCCUUUGCCCUGAGUAAUCCAUACUUCCACCUGUGUGUGUUUGGAAGCAACAGAUCAGUGCAAUUGGAUGAGCAGUGUUUUGAAAAAAAAUCAAGGAGCAAAGAAUGAGAAAGAUUAGAAAGGCAAUAGCAUCGUAUCAUUGUGAUAGUGGCAAUUUGUAAUAAGUGCGGUGUUCCGGAAUGGAAAUCUGAUCCAAUUGAGAAACAAUGAGAUAAAAAAUGUCUGUCCUCAGAAGUUUUAUUACAGAAAUUUUACAGGUCAGGCAGCUUCUGAGGAAAGUUAAUGUUUUAGGUUGGACCUUUCAUCAGAACAUUCUGAGAAAGGGCCGUCAGCCUGUAAUGUUAACUGUCUUCACUUUCCACAGAUGCCGAUUGACCUCCUGGGUUUUUCCAACAUCUUCUUCUGAAGCCUAUCAUUCCUCCUGGGGCAUCGACUGCCAACUGCAGCUCAGCAGAGUCCUCUGUCCUGGGCCUGUCUUCAACACUUUGCCCAGGAAUACUCCAUCUUAUGUCUUCGAGGUGAAAGUCCUUCCUGUCCUAGGGAUGAGCUCUUUGGAGCUUCUUGUUGCUGUUGCUCUGGUUUUCUAUGGGAGGGGUUUGUUAGGGUCUUUUAAGAGACCCUUAAAUAGCUACAGGGAGUUUAGAAAAAUAGAGGGCUAUGCAGUAGGGAAACUCUAGGCAGUUUCUAGAGUAGGUUAUAUGGUCGGCACAACCUUGUGGGCCGAAGGGCCUGUGGUGUGCUGUAGAUUUCUACGUUCUGUGCCCAACGCUCCUCUUUUUGCAGUCGGGCUUGGGACGUCAGUGGCGGAGAUUUUUUUCCAACAUUUUGUUUUUUUUAAUUUUCAGCAUCUGCAGGUUUUAAAAAAAUCAUCCAGUUUGAUGCCAUGAUAUAAUUCACUUAAAAGCAAUCAUCCAUCAAGAACAUAUUUUUUCUUGUGUGCAGAUUAUGUUGUGUAAGUUAUUGGAUCCUCGCCUCUCCAAAUAACUGAACUGUUCUGGCCAAGGUGCUAAAUUCCAAGAUACUUAAAUUAUCUGAUCGCAGCAGCUUUAAAAGAUCCUAAAAUCCCCACUGCGGUCCUCGGCUUUGAGGCUUGGGAAAGAGCAGCAGUUCUUCAUUGACCUGAACACCUACCGUUCACACGUACACAGAAGAAAUUGUUACUUUUUUUCAGGUCAUCACCUCAAGAAUCGGAUUUUCACCGGGAGAUAGCGGAAGAAGGGGAGAGUGCGGAAGACCAUUUGUAGGCGGAGCGAAAUUCGUCAUCAUUUGAAUUCAAACAACGAGGGUCUUGCCGGCUGGCUCUUCAAGUAGGGAGCCGAAACUCGGAAAGGGUGGGAGCUUGUGUAAAGUAUUGGCAUUACUCGUUGAGUUACGGUUGGCAUGACAGGCAUCUUUGUCGAUUUCCAUGAACGUAGCGUGCAAUGUAACCGAAAGAUUGUUUCAUACUUAUAAUUCUGCAAGGGUGAAACAAACUGCAAAGAAGAACAAGCAUGAGGAAUGGCGUGAAAGUUUGAAAAUUCCACCACAGCCCUGCUGACGGUGACUUGUUUGUAAAGUUCCUGCUACGCGGCCCCUUUCCCACGCCCCCUGCUGUACUGCAAUCGGCCAUUAGUUGGAUCUUCUCCUAUUUUGGUAAUUGGUCUGCCCCUGAAACUUGACUUACAACUGACUCUCCGGUGCUCGUCUGUGGGAUGCACCGUCUGAAACCGGCGAGGUGCUGCAGUUCACGUCGCUGUUUGGAGUCCUGCGCUUUGCAGCUAGUUUCAAGUUGGUGCGUUCGAUUUUCGUUUGUGAAUUAGUGCAACAUGAGCUGCAUUCCCGGAAAGAGCAGGGGAUGCCGAGGAACGUUCCUUUGAAGUCUCUCAUGUGGGCCAUAGUAAGCUGGACCGGGAGAGCCGCAGCGUUGCUGAAGUCAGCGGCUCCGCUCGCACCAUGAACCCCAACCGGGAGACGGCAGAAGCCCUGGCGCCUGCCGAGGGAGACGCUGGGACAAUGCUCUCGCCGGCCAGCAGCGUGCCAGCCGGCACCUACUGGCAGGACCACACGGUGCCCGCCACCGCACCCGCCCUGGUGCCGACAGCUCGCCUGAAGAACCGGCCGACCACCGUGGUGUACGUGGAGAACGAGGCGGCUCAGCAGCAGCUGGCCGAGAGCUUGGCACUGCAGUGUCUGACAGAAGCGUGCGAGAGUGUCAGCGCCGACCUGCAGACCGUAUCCUUCGAGAAACUGGACUUUGGAGAGACAGCCGUCCUGGACUACUUUUAUAACGCAGAUAUCGCUGUGGUGGAGAUGAGCGAUGCUUUCCGUCAGCCUUCUCUCUUCUAUCAUCUCGGAGUGCGAGAGAGUUUCAGCAUGGCAAAUAAUAUCAUUUUAUAUUGCGAUACCAAUUCCGAUACACUUCAGUCACUGCAGGAAAUAAUAUGCCAGAAGAAAAACGCUUCGUGUGGGAACUACAGCUUUAUUCCAUACAUGGUGACACCACACAACAAGGUUUACUGCUGUGAGAGCAGCUACAUGAAGGGCUUGAGUGAGCUCAUGCAGCCAAAUUUUGAAUUGUUGCUUGGGCCAAUCUGCAUGCCACUAGUGGAUCGCUUUGUUCAGUUGCUGAAGGUUGCACACGUCAGCUCCUGUCAGUACUUCAGGGAAACCAUCCUGAAUGACAUCAGGAAGGCCCGUGAGCUUUACAGUGGCAAAGAGCUGGCUGCAGAGCUCGGACACAUAAGAAAGCGCCUGGACAAUGUUGAAGUUCUCUCUGCUGACAUUAUCAUUAAUUUGCUUCUUUCCUACCGAGAUAUUCAGGACUAUGAUGCCAUUGUAACAUUGGUAGAGACUUUGGAGAGACUUCCAACCUGUGAUCUGGUGGACAAUCUUCACAUCAAAUUUCAUUAUGCCUUUGCGUUGAAUCGGAGAAACCUUUCAGGAGACCGGCAAAGUGCCAUUGCUAUAUUACUGCCAAUGGUGCAAUCGGAGGAGCAAGUUCCGUCUGACAUCUAUUGCCUCUUAGGAAGGAUCUACAAAGACAUGUUUCUGGAUUCUGGUUUUCAAGAUACCGAAAGCCGAGACAACGGUGCUUACUGGUACGGAAAGGCUUUUGAAUCGGAGCCAACGAUACAUUCUGGGAUAAAUUUAGCUGUACUUCUUCUCGCAGCAGGACAUCAGUUUGACACGUCGUUUGAGCUACACAAAACAGGUGUGAAACUCAGCAGCCUUCUGGGGAGGAAGGGAAACUUGGAAAAGAUACAGAGUUACUGGGAUGUGGGCUUUUUCCUUGGUGCCAGUAUGUUAGCGAAUGAUCCACACCGAGUUAUUAUGGCUUCUGAGAAGCUCUUUAAACUCAAAGCACCUGCCUGGUAUUUGAAGUCUGUUGUACAAAUCAUCCAUAUAUAUCAACGGUUUAAGAAGCAGGUUCCAGAGCAGCCCUCGGAAUGUCAGGAGCUGAUGGACUUCUGGAUGGAUUUCAUUGUUGAAGCCACCAACGAGGCCGUGUCCUUAGUUCGAUUUCCUGUUUUAAUCUUGGAGCCAACCAAAGUCUUCCAGCCUGCCUAUUUAUCCAUUAACAAUGAGGAAGAAGAGAAGACAGUGUCUAUUUGGCAUGUAUCACCAAGUGAUAAGAAUGCCAUAUACGAAUGGAACUUCAAUGCAACUUCAAUCAGGGGCGUCAGUGUUUCCAAGUGUGAUGAACGUUGUUGUUUCCUGUAUGUUCUGCAUAAUUCCGAUGAUUUUCAGAUAUACUUUUGCACAGAGCUUCAUUGCAAAAGGUUCUGUGAAAUGGUGAAUUCUAUAACAGACGAGCUAGGAAAAGGGGUGGAAGAAGGAGACUCUGAGGGAGAUGCAUUGGAGUACGACUAUGAAUACGAUGAGAAUGGUGAGAAGGUUGUACUGGGUAAAGGUACUUUUGGAGUCGUCUAUGCUGGUAGGGACCUGAGCAAUCAAGUCAGAAUUGCCAUCAAAGAAAUUCCAGAAAGAGACAGCAGAUAUUCACAGCCCCUCCAUGAAGAAAUUGCUCUUCAUAAGCACCUCAAACACAAGAACAUUGUGCAAUACCUGGGGUCCAUUAGUGAAAAUGGCUUCAUUAAGAUCUUUAUGGAACAAGUUCCUGGAGGCAGUCUUUCUGCUCUCUUACGAUCAAAAUGGGGCCCUUUGAAGGAUAAUGAACAGACCAUUGGAUUUUACACAAAGCAGAUCCUGGAAGGCCUGGAAUACCUUCAUGACAAUCAAAUAGCACAUCGAGAUAUUAAGGGUGAUAACGUCCUGAUCAACACCUACAGUGGGAUCUUGAAAAUUUCAGAUUUUGGUACCUCUAAAAGACUGGCAGGAAUCAACCCUUGUGCUGAAACAUUCACAGGAACACUUCAGUACAUGGCUCCUGAAAUAAUAGACAAAGGACCAAGAGGAUAUGGGAAACCUGCCGACAUAUGGUCACUGGGAUGUACAAUUAUUGAGAUGGCUACAGGGAAACCUCCGUUUUAUGAACUCGGAGAACCUCAAGCUGCUAUGUUUAAGGUUGGGAUGUUUAAAAUUCAUCCAGAUAUCCCAGAGUCUAUGUCACCAGAAGCCAAAGCAUUCAUUCUCCAUUGCUUUGAACCAGAACCCGAUAUACGAGCGACUGCUACAGAUUUGCUGUUAGAUGAGUUCCUGAAGGUUACCAGCAAGAAGAAAAAGACCCCAUUAAAACAACAAGAUUAUCUUCGCAGCAUAUCCCUUCCUGUUCCAGUUGUUGUGGAGGAAUUGAGUAGCGGCAGCGAAUUUGGUUCAGUGUCACCAGAUUCUGACUUGAAACAGGAUCCAUUCUUUUUCAAAACAAGGGCAAAAUCCUGUAUUGAAAAGGAGAACAAACCACCAAGACCUUUGUUACUCAGUAUCCCCGAUGAUCAUUUUGAAGAUCACAGCGCACCACCGUCACCUGAGGAGAAGGACGCUGGGUUCUUCAUGCUGAAGAAAGACAGUGAGAGGAGAGCCACUUUACAUCAGAUCCUGUCAGAGGACCAGGACAAGGUUGUGAAAAACCUGCUUCAGUCUCUGAUGCAGGGUUCUGAAGAACCAAAACUGAAAUCGGAGCACAUCUGCACACUUGUUGUUAGUUUAAGAGAGUUUGUGAGAUCAACUGAUCGCAAAAUCAUCUCAGCCACGCUUUCCAGGCUAAAGUUGGAGCUGGACUUUGACAAUCAUGCCAUUAAUCAAAUUCAGGUGGUGCUGUUUGGUUUCCAAGAAGCUGUAAAUAAAGUCUUGAGAACACACAAUAUUAAGCCUCACUGGAUGUUUGCUUUGGAUAACAUUAUUCGCAAAGCUGUGCAGACAGCAAUUACUAUUCUUGUUCCUGAACUGCGCCCACAUUUCAGUCUUGCUUCUGGGAGUGAUGCUGCAGACCAAGAAGAAACAGAUGUUGAGGAUGAUGCAGAUGUCGAUGAAAAUCACAAUGAGCCACCCCGCUGUGAAAUUCAGCAGCCAUCUGCUGUGAAUGAGGACCGAAUACCAACUUCGGGCGUGAGCACACUUAGUUCAACUAUAUCACAUGACUCUCAGUAUAUACACAGGUCCUUGGCCAUGCAGUUGGGGAGGCUUAAGUUGGAAACUAGCAGACUUUUAGAAGAACUCAUUCAAAAAGAAAAGGACUAUCAGAUUCUUCUUCACCAAGCUAUUGAAGAUAAGGAACAAGAAAUUAAAUUGCUCAAACUGAAGUCACAACAAAUAGACUUACCUACUCUGUCAGUGUGUCACUAUGAUUCUUCUCCAAUAAACCCUGGAGACCCUGAACUUAUUAGCUGGUUGAAAGAACAUGGCGCUGAUGAAGAUACGAUAGACAAGUUUGUGGCAGAUGAUUACACUCUAAUGGAUGUCCUCAACUACAUGACAAGAGAUGAUCUGAAAUGCCUGAGGUUAAGGGGUGGAAUGCUUUGCAAAUUGUGGAAAGCAAUUGUUGAGAACAGGAAGAAAUUGGAAUCUACUUCCCCAGUAGGUCACGUGUAAGGAGCCUGUAAUGGAACACACAAAAGUAUCUCUCCAUGAGGUACUAGCACUUUAAAAGAAAGUUUGACAAUGUCUUGUUUGUGAGUCUGUUGCAAUACUGAUAAAUGGGGGGGGGGGGGGAGAAAAAAACCUGAAACAC